AUGAAAUUUGCAGCCCCUCAGCCAACAAAGCAACCUUUGGAGCAGAGAGACAAGAGCAAGCACUGCGCUUACUAUAGAGAUUACAGGCAUACAACUAGUGAUUGCAGAUCCCUUAGGCGGCAGGGAAGCGUCAAUAUUGGGUUUGGCGAUGGAAAUCUAUCUAAAGUUCAACUCCCCCACGAGGAUCCGUUGGUCAUCAGUCUUUUGGUAGUGAAUUGUAUGAUUAAGAGGGUUUUGAUAGACCCAAGUAGUAGUGCCAAUAUCAUCACAAAGGUCGUCUUUGAGCAGCUGGAGAUUCCGUCGUCAUCAAUUUGGCUCACCUCCAGUCCCUUGAUGGGGUUUGAUGGCACAAAGGUGGACCCUCUCAGGGUAAUUGACCUAUCUGUGACCACAACAAAGAGGACACUGAAGGAGAACUUUAUUCUAAUGGAGAUCCAUCCUUCUUAUAAUCUUAUUAUGGGAAGAGGUUGGAUCCACCGAAUGAACAGGGUUCCAUCUACCCUUCAUCAAGUGAUGCGAUGCUUAUCUCCGAACGAUAAAGAAGUUAUUAAUUUUAGGGGAGAUCAAGUCGCUGCCAAAGAAUGCUAUAUGUUGGCACAGAAUGCAGCAAAGAAGGUAGCAAAACAACCCCAACGAAUCGCUCCUCCUAGGAGCAUGUCCAAAUAG